CGCAACGCGGCCGCUUACGGCUCAGUUCGCUUCGAUCGGUCAAGGUGUAUCCAUGUUAUUUGUGUUACAGUUCGUUCUUGCCUUUCGUCUUUCUCGCGUCUUUAUUCGCGACGUAACAUUGCUUCGUAAAAGGAAUGGAAAAGAGAAAUUGGUAACACGUUUCGUUCGAUGAUUCUUUCUGCGAUCUUUCUACAACAUAUUUUCUCUUCAUGCGUUCGUACAGAUUUAAACUGAUCGUAUCCGGUGCCAAGGCCUUUAUCUCCUCUCCUCUCGUCCUUCGCAUUUACUCCUACCUUUUUUUUUUUUUCUAUUCGCUCCUCCCUUCUCUCUGCUCGUUAUCUUUCCAUUCCACCACCUCCUCGAUAUCGUGUGCUACACGCUUCCGGCUGACAGUGCGCUUUUUAGGCCUGCGCGCGCGACUCGCGCGAUGGACGUCGCACUCGUCGCAGUCCCUUCUCUCCUUUCCUUCCCCCUCUUCCAAAAGCGAUUCUCUCGAUGAACCGCAGAUCUCCCCGACGAACGAAGAGGGUGGAGUCCGUCACGGAUGUUUCAUACGAGAUCGUCAGGCUUUUACGAUACGACGACCACGACGACGACGACGACGACGACGACCACGACGACGACGACAAUGAUAAUGACAAUGACGACGAUGACGACGACGACGAGAACGAGAAGGGUAUCCCGGGUAUCAGAUCCUACGCGUUAAAGGACAGGCGCCAUGUCGUCGUUUUCCUCCUCAAGCGACCGAUCGAUCUUCCUCAGCGGCGCAAUGUGCGCGCAGCUGGCUGGUAUAAACAUCUCCUCGGCAUCAACGUAACUUGUUGGAGCGCGAAUGACGAGUGGUAACAUGCUCUUAUCCUGCGCCGGAUAGACGAGCCAUCGGCUUGUUUGCUUGAAACGCGUCGAGAGCCACCGCCACGUAUGUGCAUAGCGCAUGCGCGAACGCGGAUAGUCUGGCGCCAGCAGGUGCGGUUAAAUAUAGCUUAUGCAACGGUAUCUUUCUCCGCUUACUCGCUUGACUCCCUCCGCCUUUUUCUGUUUGUCUCUUUCCUCUGCUAUUUGAAAAAAAAACAUGGUUGAUAAUACAAUACAUAAUGUGAAAAUAUUUAAAAAAAUGUUUGAACUUUACUUGAGAAUCUGUUCAUUUAGCUCCCGAUAAUCAGUUUAUUCAGUUUGUUGCAUAACUUAUUAAAAAAUGAACUUUUGUUUCCAAUCCAACCUAAUCAUAAUGAAAAAUAUGUUCUUAUAUAGAUUUAUUUGGCACCGUACUAUAACUAUAUAUAGAGUUAUA